AUGAAAACCUUCCUACUUUCCUCCCGCCAUAGUACAAACAAAAAAAGGAAGAUAGUUGUGACCACACCAAAAAAAUAUCAUGAUCAACUUGGUAGCAGCCUACAAAUCAUCAAUCAAAAAGCAUUUGAAGCGGCUGUUUACAAGCUAUCCACGGCUUCUAAAUCUCCAGUUGGUCUGACGGCACCUCCACCCAACAAUGAUCAAAGCGAGAGUAGCUUACAAAUCAUUAAUCGUAGUGUCUUUGAAGCGGCAGUAAGAAAGUUACCCAAAACUCCUAAAACUUCUGUAAGUUCUUCAUGGGUACGCUCUAUCUGUCUUGGCGAAGGUGCUCAUGGUGUUGUUUACUUAGUCAUACGAAAUGAUUAUGUGAAUGGUGAUGCUUUGCCAUCAAAAAUCGCCAUCAAAAGUGCACCUUUAUCAUCUUCCUUCAAUAUGUGUGAUGAAGAACGAAUUUUGAAGGAUCUUUCAUCUCCUCAUGUUAUCUCUUACUAUGGUAGUAAUAUAGCACCAGCUGAAACUCGACCCCUAGGGAGCGACUACAACUUAAUCCUUGAGUACUGUUCUGGUGGGAGUAUUGCAGACUUUCUCAAGUUCAGAGGAACAGGGAUGGUGGAGUCCGAUGUUCAGCUAUUUGCGCUACACAUCCUAAAAGGUAUCAACUAUGUACACUCAAAGAAAAUCAUCCACUGUGAUAUUAAACCAGCUAAUAUCUUGCUCAAACCGGUUAAUAGCUCAACUAUACUUGGUUGUUUAAUGCCUAAUGGAUUUGAGCCAAAGCUUGCUGAUUUUGGUUUAGCAUUGAGAAAAACCUCAGAUGAGUAUGGGGAUGGUUGUGGGUUUGCAAGAGGGACACUAUUGUACAUGGCUCCAGAGCUUUUAUGUUCUGGAAAUUUGGAUUAUUGUGCUGAUAUAUGGUCCUAUGGAUGCACUAUUUUAGAAAUGUUUACUGGGAAGAAGCCUUGGAGUGAACUUGGCUUAACUGACAGGAAGGAAUUGAAAGAUGUUAUUGGCAACAGCAGUGUCUUACCUGAGCUACCCAUGUGGUUAUCUGAUAGUGCGAGAUACUUCUUAGGAAAGUGCUUAGAAAAAGAUCCUCAGAAAAGGUAUGACUCUAUGUAUUUGCUGGAGCACAAAUUUCUUGCUUCAAUCGUUGGUCACUCUUACUAG